ACUACGCUUGCCGGUUUUGGCCAACCCACUUCCUACGUAUCGAACGUCCAGACAAGAAACUCAGAGAUGCGGUGGUAGCCUUUUUGUCAGCACCGGGGGUAGGGGAAAGUUGGUUCAAACUUUAUUUGCUAGGCCAUGCGGAACCCCUAGAUUUGGUCGGACACCGAAAAGAAUGGGUAUCCACAAAUUUUGGGGGUCGUCAAACAGCGACAUGGGCUCUCGCUUCAAAGUAGAGGAUGAUGGACUCACUGUUUCGUUUUCAGCGCUUCAAGACAGCGCCGAUGCCGACAUAAUCUGUCUCCGUGCCGACCACCCACUUCCACCGAGACCUUUCCCUCCCGAUGACCCGAAAAGCGUCUAUUUCGAAAUGAAGAUAUUCGAGACAGAGACACAGACGGAUCCCGAUUCCAAGGACUCUGACUUGUUGCCUCCAGAGUUGGCUAUUGGUUUACGCGGUGAGUUUUCGGACCAAUCAGGAGCACACGUAGGCUGGCGCACUUGGACGGUAGGCUAUCAUGGGGAUGAUGGGAGGGUAUAUGAGCACAAUUAUCCCGUAAGCUCCGACACAGGACGCAAGUUCGGACCGGGAGACACUGUCGGUUGCGGGGUCGACUACAGUGCCGAGGAAUACUUUUUUGCUCUUCGUAGUGAGGUGAUUGCUCGCCGAAAAAACAACAUCAUAUCUAGGAAAAUGUAUCCUACGGUUAGCCAAUGGAGAACUGCGUGUAAAAUCAAGGUUAACUUUGGAGACGAACAUUUUCUUUAUUGAAGGACGAAAACUGGGUCAUGGAGAGCCUUCAUCAGUCAUCAAUGGAACCUGUUGAGGCUUUUCGGAAUUUUUGUUCUAGUCAAUCUAUAGAGCAUAUAUCUAAAGAUCCUGUAAAAAG